UUUCCGGCGGGGGCCCGGGGCCCCUGGCUGCCACCGCCGGCCCCUCUCGCUUCUCGCUGCGACCCCCGAUUCCUGACCUCGGUGGCGCCUCAUCUGUGGCGAGAGAGCGGGGGCCGGCCCGGCUCUGGACUGACCUGCGAGGUGACCUUGGUCGAGUCCCCUGUCGCGCGGAGCCCGUCUGUGGCGCGGGCCUGCCAGGGACCCAGUUCUCCAGCGGUUGAGGACACAAACCUAGAGCGGCCCCACAGGCUGCCCCGUGGCAGGGGAAGCGCCGGGCUGCUGGGGGGAGCAGGGGAGCUCGGUGUGGGCGGGGGAGAUGCCCCUGCGUGUGAAAUGGCCGUUCCCCGCCGUGCCGCCGUUCACCUGGACUCUGGCCAGCAGCGUCGUCAUGGGCCUCGUGGGCACCUACAGCUGCUUCUGGACCAAGUACAUGAACCACCUCACCGUCCACAACAAGGAGGUGCUGUACGACCUCAUCGAGAACCGAGGCCCAGCCACGCCCCUCAUCACUGUCUCCAAUCACCAGUCCUGCAUGGAUGACCCUCAUCUCUGGGGGAUCCUGAAACUCCGCCACAUCUGGAACCUGAAGUUGAUGCGUUGGACCCCUGCGGCUGCAGACAUCUGCUUCACCAAAGAGCUGCACUCCCGCUUUUUCAGCUUGGGCAAGUGUGUGCCCGUGUGCCGAGGAGAUGGCGUCUACCAGAAGGGAAUGGACUUCAUUUUGGAAAAGCUCAACCACGGGGACUGGGUGCACAUCUUCCCAGAAGGGAAAGUGAACAUGAGCUCUGAAUUCCUACGCUUUAAGUGGGGAAUCGGACGCCUCAUUGCCGAGUGUCAUCUCAACCCUGUCAUCCUGCCCCUGUGGCAUGUCGGAAUGAAUGAUGUCCUUCCUAACAGCCCGCCCUACUUCCCCCGCUUUGGACAGAAAAUCACCGUGCUGAUCGGGAAGCCCUUCAGUGCUCUGCCUGUGCUCGAACGGCUCCAGGCGGAGAACAAGUCAGCUGUGAGUUGUCUUUCUCCCCCGCGCCACCCUUUUCCCCCCUUCCCUGGGCUACCCUGUAGCUGUCUCAGCCUUUCCUGGCACCCUCAGCCUCCCAGGGCCCCUGGGCCAAGUUCCCCAAGGGCUGCAGGCCAGCCCCAGUCCUUCCCCUCAGGUGGAGAUGCGCAAAGCUCUGACUGACUUCAUUCAGGAAGAAUUCCAGCGCCUGAAGAUCCAGGCGGAGCAGCUCCACAACCACCUGCAGCCCAGGAGAUAGGCAUCACCCCACUCAGAUCCAGCCCUCGCUUCCUCUUGGAAGGGGGUGGCUGGCCCCCAGGC